AGCUCAAACGUUUCACCCUGGGCGGGGCAGCGCAGCUGUGCUGUGGAAAGCCGCUGUCCCUCUCAGGCCCACUGCCAGAAGGAGCCCCCGCGGCCAUGCUCGACCUCGGGCUCGGCAGCCCGGCCGCAGGCGCGGAGGAGGCCCAGGUCUCCGCACCCUCGGGCCUGGUCGCCCGGCGGCCCAGCUGGACGAAGCGGCUGCUGGAGCUCGGCGAAGAGCUCAGCCUGGAUCUGAGCACUCCCGCCAAGAGCUCGCGGGCCCUCCGGCUGGGUCGUGGCACCGCCGAGGAGUGGGCCACGCCCUGCGCGGCUCCCGGGACGCCCACGGGGUCCCGGUCGAGGAGCCAGUCCUGCCACAGGACGCCGCAGAGGAGCCUCUCCUGCCGCAGCUCGUGCUCGCCGCAGAAGGCGCCGUGGCGAUCGCCGCGCUGCCGCGGCGGCGGCGGCCCGCUGAGCGCCAGGAGGCGCGCCCCGCCGGCGAUCCAGACGCAGACGCCGACGCCCAAGCUCGCCAGGGCGCGGCGUGCCAGCGCUUGGGGCCUCCGCAUCGCCACGCCCUCCAGCUCGCCCCCGGCAAGCCCCCGAGGGGCAGAGGGGUGCGGCACCCCCCAGCCGCAGCGGAGCGACUUCCGGGUGCUGGCGCCCGAUGCGGACGUGGGCGCCGUGCUGUUUGACUUCGACGGCACGCUCACCUCGGUGCCAGGCAUGGCUUCCAGGCGCACCCGUCGCCAGCUGGACCUGCGUCAGCGUGCGCCGCUGCUGGAGCCGCGGCUGCGGGCGCUGCGGGACGCUGGUCUCUCCCUGGGGAUCAUCUCCAAGAGCAGCGAGGCCACAAUCCGCACAUCGUUGGUGGAGGCUGGCUUGUGCGAGUUCUUCGAUGGCCCGCUGGUUGCGAACGCGGUGGGUUUCGACGGCAAGGCAGGUUUCAUCGAGGAGAGCUGGUGCAGGGCGGCAGCCUGCGCCACCUGGGCCCCUCUGGGCUGCGAAGGGUGCUGCUCGUCGACGACGACGUGCAGGAGCUGGAGCACGCGCGGGCGAGGGGCGUGCAGGCCCUGAGGAGGGCAGCGAUACAGAUCCGCCUAGCUCCUCUUCCUUUUUCCCCCCUCAUCCCCCUGUGCCUUCCUCUCUUCGUUCCCUCGUUCCUCUUUCCUCUUUCCUCGGUCAUCCACCUUCCCCUUCCCCCUCCUCUUCCUCCUCUCCCCCCUUUCCCUCGCAAUUGAGGGCCAGAAGGAACCCAAUCGAGCACGGGCAGUCAGCCUCAUGCCCGCGUUGCACCACCCUCUUGACUGUUGUUGGCGGCCUGUCGUUUCUUUCGCCGCGGGGCCACGACAGAGCUCGGCGAGGGGAGUGAGGAGGACGAGGAGGAUGGCAGGCCAGUGUGCUUCUUCGGCGCACAGCGAAAGGGACGCCCACGACCCUCCGCGACCGCAGGGUCGCCCGCCACGGAAGGGAGCCGGCACGCUUGGAGUGAGCGUCCCGCUGAGGGCCUUGAGAGACUGGGGUCAAUGCAAACGGGGGUCAGUCAGAGCGCCGGUCCUUGCAGGAUCCUGCAGCGCCAGGGGUGUGCCGAACCAGGCUUGGGUGCAGGAUCCUGCAGGAUCCUGCAGGAUUUUCCAGGAUCCUUCAUGGCCUGACUGACCCGGGUUUGGAUUGACCCGGGUCGGCAGAUCCCGACCCCAAGCUUGGCAACCCGGGCCGCGCGAACGAGUCAAUACGCUCGGAGUUGGCUGCCAGCCAACGGCGCCAGCAUGGCGACGUGCGCCUGGAGCGGACGGGCAGCGCCUGGAGUGAGCUUCCUGGCUGGAGCCUCGGCGGCGCGAAGUGGAGUGCAGGCGAGGGGCGCGGCGAGGGACACAGGAGGGGCACGGGCGGACCUUCCCCAGUCGGUGGCGAGCCUGGGGGGGAACUGAGAAGGGGCGGGUCUUUUUGGAAGG